AUGACCAGCCGUUCCCGAAGCUCAUCAUGGAGUAGUGAGGCGAGUGUUGAUGCCACAUUGUGGAACGGCGGGGCUCCUCAGCCUGCAAACGAGCACGAGAAAGACAAGGUAGACUCCAUGGCCAAGCUGAAAGAGCGACUGCAGCUGGCGGAGAAGAUCAACUCAAGGCUGGAACAGCUGUAUCAAAAGUAUAGACUUCGUUGGUUGGAGGAAAGCUAUCGGGCAAGGGUAUUGGAGGAAUAUGCACCGGAAGGAGUCAGCACUUACCCUCCACAUCAGAUCUCAUGGAAUGCUCCCUCUCCUGCUCAAAGCAAAUACUGUGACAAUGCCGAGGUUCAGGACCAAGAAGGUGGAACCCGCAAGAUAGGCAAAGCCCGCGAGCACGAAUUUUGCAUCGUGACGCCCAAACAGAAUGUUGAAGUCUCACGUAUGAUGCGAGCCCCACGAUGGAGGCUAACAUGCUGGAGUAAAAUCAACGAUCCUGUUCAGGCACUUGCACUGAAAUACUGGAUGAGUUUCUCUCCGUUCCAAUUCCCAGAUCAUUCGCAGCACCCCAUGAGCAGCAGGAUGUUGAGGACUAUGCAGCCUGAGUCACGAAGUACAGAUUGUUGGGGAAGGGGAGGGGGAGAUAGUGGUGAACAAGACGAAGGUAAAUACAAGGCAAAAAUAAUUCAUGAAGGCUAG